GUUUAUUUUGCAAAUAGUGUCACCGUUGUCACCGAUUUAAUGGAAAAUUCUGUUUCAUUACUUUCACGUGCAUAAUUGAUUUUGUGUGUGUGGUUACAUUUAUAUUUGUUAAUGAAAUUGUUAGUCUUUUUGUUCAGUGACAUUUUACACAAUAGUGUAAAAUUGGAACAAUUUGUAGAUAGAUUGCAAGCCAUGACACAUAUUGCACUCAAGGAUUUGAAAAAUACAAAACCAAAAUAGACUAACAGAUUGAUUAGACCUGUGACAAGUUGUUAUAUCACUCGUAAGCUAGAAAAAUGAAUAGCUAUUCAGAGUCCGCCCCGCAGGUAAAGAAAAAGAAGUAUGGACCUAAAAAAGAUUUCUUAUCACGUCUAAGUUUUGAUUCUGAUUCCGCUUCAAGUUCUUCAGGUGAUAAAUUCAACCAUUUUGCGGACAGGUUUUCCAAUUUAUGUAAUGGAAAUAAGCAGUCGACACUGAAUCAGUCUGAAAAAGGAUUAAACCAGUCUCAGAAAAGUUUUGACCAUGGAUUUAACCAUCCUGCAAGAAGGCAGUCAUCAGAGGAACAGAAAUUUUCCCUUAAUGCAAGCAAUCAAUCUUUAGGAAAUUCUGUAUAUGAAUUUGACCAGUCGGCAGCUAAAUCUACAUAUUUAAAUAACCAGUCUGUUAAAAAACAUUGUGAGCAGAAUAAUCUUUUAAAUGCUAAUAAUCACUCAGUUAAGAGACAGUCUUCUGAUAUACGAAGAAAAUUUCAUACAGAAGACAUUGAUAAAUAUGGAAAGAACAGUCAUCCUACAAAAAGACAGAGUUCUUCUACGAACCAGUCUACAGACAGUAAGGAGCCAGCCUCGAGUAUUUUCAGAAGAUUUUCUUCAGGGACUGAUAGUUCAGCUGCAUCAAAAAGAACAGAAAGAAGUGCUGACAGCAUCUCUAUGAUGUCCCUUCCUGAUGAGCUUCGUUUAAGUUUUUCAGAAUUAGAGGAAGGGUCUUUGCAACUUGAUGACCUUGACCUUGAAUACUGUCCUACAGAAGGUGGAAAUGAUAAUGCUGCAGUCCAUUUUGAUGAUGAUGAGAAGAGCUUGGAGCAUGAUAGUGACCUACAUAAACUUGCUGCAGUCAUUUCAUCAACAUCAGAACAGCAAACUGGGGACAAACAAAUAACUGAAAUGACUAAGGUGUCAGAGGAAUUUAUGACAAAAGACAGUCAGUCAUCAAGGAAGGAGCAAAAUAAUGUUACUGUAAAGUCUGAGAACAAUAGCAGUAGUAAUAUUACAUGGGAUGACAUUGUGCAGUGGGGAGUCAAUGCUCAACAGGUAUCAACUGUUGGUAGCACUGGUGAAGUCUUGAAACAGAAGAAAACAAUAUCACCAAGACGAUCUAGUAAGAACAAACAUAUGGAAAACGUAUCUUGUCAGGUGUGCGGAGACAUGGCUGCAGGUUUCUAUUGUGGGGCCUUCAUUUGUGAAGCUUGCAAGAAAUUUUACAUGAGAGCUUACAAGCAAGAUAAAUUGAAGUAUGUUUGCCUGCGAGAAAAAAAGUGUAUUAUUACCAAAGAAAGUAGAGUACAGUGCCAGUAUUGCAGGUUUCAGAAAUGUGUCAGUCUCAACAUGUUUAUACCUAAACAAGGUGAAGGUGAGUCGAACAAAGACACACAGAUGUCGGACAUUCCAUGCCGUGUCUGCUCGGCACCGUCAUCGGGGUUUCAUUUUGGAGCUAUAACUUGUGAAGGCUGCAAGGGGUUUUUCCGUCGUAUGGCAAAGGAGAGGGAGCCAGAGAAAUACCAGUGCAAUAAGAAAGGCAACUGUGAAAUAAACAUGGUGACCCGAAAUCUGUGUAAGGCAUGUAGAUACAAGUCAUGUAAACAGGCUGGCAUGUCUGUUGAAGGAAGUAGGAUUGGUCGUCAACCUAAUUCUGUAAAACAUGCCAUAUCAAUGGAGUUAAAACAAGGAAAACCUGAGGGAGGUACAGAAAUGUUAACAAAGGUGAAGGAAGAACCAAUAGAUGAAUCCAGUGUGGACUUUCUUACAGAAAAUAAUAAAUCAGAUAGUUUCUCGUUCUGGGAUCAGAAUUCAAAUACCGGUAAUUCAGUGAAUAAAGAAACAUCCUUACGUGAAAGUGACAUAAACUUGGCGAACGUUGUUUCUAAGCAGUCAAGUGUUGUGCAGUCUGUGUCAGAUAAUGUUGGCACUUGGCCAACUAAUAAUUUAAGUUUUGCUAACAGAAUCACCCCACCACCACCUCCCCCUACAAGUUUAGAUGUAGGAUCAAAGUUGCCGUCACCCAGUAAAACACAAACAUCUGUAGGAAAUUACACAUACAGACAUGAGAAUCAACAGACAUUAAAUGGGAAGCAGGUAUCAAAACAAGACAGAUAUGAGCAGAUAGAAAUACAAAGUGAGAGACAAAUGCCCCCUCCACCAAGAAAGCAGGUCGGAGGUCACCACAGGGGUCAACACAAUCCUGUAAAUUCCUUAGUGUUCACACCUAGUCCAGUAACACAGUUUUUAUCUACUACACCCAAUAUUGAGAACAAGCAUCCCAGGGAAACAAAGAUGAACCAUAAAGUGCCGUCACCAAUGAACAUUACUCAGAAUAUGCACUUAUCAUCAUCCGUACCUCAACAGCCGGUGUACUCUCCCACCAGUACAACUCCUACACGAGCAAGCCCGGUGGAGAAUAAACCAAUUGAUCAGAACAAUCUUCUUGGCUCGUUUAAGACAAUGACAGACUUUAUCAAUAAGAUUAUAGAUGCUGGAAAAUGUCUGCAGUUAUUGAACUACAGGGUGUUUGAUACAGACGUUAAUCCAACAACUUCUAUGAAUGUUGAUGAUAUUAAAGCAUUGUUUAAAAGUAAAUACAUGGAUCCCAAGGCUGGUAAUGUUAUAACAUCAAAAUGUGAUAUGUCAGUGUUUUCUACACGAGAAUCUACGUGGAAUUACAUGAUGACAAACUUUCACCAUAAUACAUACAUCACCAUUAGAUUUGCUAAACUAGUGCCAGGGUUUAAGACAUUGAGUUUAAAUGAUCAGGUGAAGUUGAUACAGUCCUCUAUCUAUCCGAUAGAAUUGCUCAACAUGUCCAAGGUAUAUGACCCCUCUACCAGGAAAUACAACUACUUCACUUACACAAAGGAAGAGGAGAAUAUCAUGAUGGAACAGUUUCCAAUGUUGAGAGUGUUUCAGGAACAUUUUCUUCAUGUUGGUGAGAUGGUAACAUCGUUCCAGUUUACGGACGAAGAAUUUGCAUUAUUGUCAGCAUUACUCUUGUUUCCUGCUGAGGUUCAUGGUCUAGAAAAUCCAAAAGCUGUGGAGCAGUUACAGAACCAGAUAUCCGGUGCAUUACAGGCCUACGAAGAAAAGACAUUUCCGGAAGGUUUGACCCGAUACGGAAUUCUUCUGGUUCGUGUUGCUGAGCUUGUUCAGUGUCUUCUGCAGCAUAAUUUAGCGAUAGGUCUUCUGCUGACCCAUAAUCCAACAAUCAAAGUCCCGCAACUCUUUCAUGAACUUAUCAUUGAAAGCAUUAAAGAGGGACAGAAGUUGUAGAGCUAGUCUAAAGCGUCAUGUAUACUGGGCUCAUCUGACCUUUUUAGUCAAAGGUCAUUGUGUUUUGUACCUGUCGAAAAAUUCGACUUCUUGUUAUAAGGUCCUUAUUUUGUACAUAAUAUGUGAAGAUAUAAUUAAACAUUAAAAAGUGCUCGAUUGAGACUUCGUACGAGAUUUCAGCAUUCAUACCUCAGAUAUAUUGGCCAGAUUCAGAUUCAGCAUUUUCUUUGAAAGUGACUAUAGACUAUAUAGUUUGUUUUAUAUUUGUUGACUUCUAUAGCUUGUUUCAUAUAAUGUUAAAUGAGGAGGCUGAAAAACUUGUAUAUUUGUUGUGUAUUAACUUAAAUGAGACUUAUUCAGUGUGGCCUAUAAUGUGUUCCUGAUUCAGAGACAGACAGAAUGAGAAAAAUGAAAAUUGUUGUAGAAAUCACCUUUACAAAUCAGCCACAAUAUUUAAGGCAGCUACAACAAAGUUAGAAGAUGUUCAUCAGCAUUAUUGUAAGGAACUUCUUCUACAGCCAUUGUUUGUUUUUCAUCAUCUUCUUCAAAUUAUGUACAAAUAACUUACUUCAGUUUUAAAAUAAAAAAAAACAAUAAGGGCAUUAAUCAAAAUUUUAUAAUCAUGUUUUAACACAUAGAGAAAUGUAUGUUUGAAAUUGUGUUCUGUAUAUAUAUAUAUAUACACACAAACAACUAAAUGGUUUUGGUUUUUGAUUGUUGUUUACAAUUUGUAGAAAAUAAUGUCAAGAAGUGUUGAAAACUUAAUAAUAAUUUUAUGCCUUCAUCCAUAAUACAAUGUGCAUAUUUAAUGUAUCAUUUUGUUCAAUAUUGUCUCUGCAAGAUAUCUGAUUUUGUGAAUGGACUAUGUGGCUAAACUGAUUAAGUAUCUUGUGUAACUGAGUAGACAUUUGACUUGAUUAUUCUUGACUUGAUUAUUCAAAUGGGAAUUUCCUUUAUUGAAUAUUUGUAAGAUUAAAAUUGUGUGGUGAUUACAUAUAUCUGUGUAAUCAUGCUACACAUCAUUGUGUGUUCAUGCAACACAUCAGAUGUUAUCAUGCAACACAUAAGUAUUUAAUCAUGCCACAUAUUAUUGUGUAAUCAUGUCACAUACUUUUAUGUAAUCAUGCUACACAUGUUAUCUUGCUUCAUGAUAGUACAAUGUAUCUAAAUAUGUAAUCAUAUUACACACAAGUGUGUAAUCAUGUGACAAAUUAAUGUGUAAAUAUGCCACACAUCAGUGUGUAAUCAUUACACACAUCUGUGUAUACUCAUGCUACACAUUCAUGUGUAAUGGCGCUUUAUAUAACAGUGUAAUUAUUUGUUACACAUUAAUGUGCUACCAUGCUAUACAUUUGUGUGUGUAAUCAUUCUACACAUUACUGAAUAAUUAUGUCACACAUUGUUGUGUAAUCAUUGACCACAUUACUAUGUAACUAUGUUGAGUUAUUUUGUAUAAUGUUGUUGUUUUUCACUUAUUAGAUUAUGAGAAUAUUUUAAGAUGUACAUAUCAUUAUAGUGAUUAAUGAAUGCCAAGUAUAUGAUAAUGUACUCACUGACGUGCUGUGAUUCUAAACCUGUUUCCUUGGCUUCUAUAAUGCUAAGCAGUGCGUCAGUUUUCUUGAUGAUUAACUGAUAUUGAUUGACUUGCCUGUGUGAAAUAAGUAGUGCUAACCAACUUGUGUAACUUGAUUCAUAAUGAGGACAGCCUUUCUUACCAGAUUUAUUAAUAGAACAAGAUCUAGUAAUAGAUUGAGAACCUUUAAGAGUUUCUUAAAGCUGCAUUUAAUAGAUGUGUAAAAAAUAUUUUACCAUCGGCCUAAAAACUAAGCAUUAUUACAUUUCCGAUAAACAGACUUUUACUGUUUUAGCUUCACGAUACACUAGACCUACUGUUCACAAUGGAGUAACCAAAAGAAAUAAGAAGAUACAUAACAGAAAUAUACUGUUGAAUUAGAAAAGAUUUUUUUCUGAGCCAUGUUUGUUGUUUUUCUGUUGAUGUUUGAAUGAACCAAAGACAGAGUUUUAUCAUGCAAACAGAAAAUGUACUUUCGAUUUCACAAGGAGGUUGCAAACGUUUAUGCUUAUAAAACUCAUUUGGGUUGUCUGCACACCAUAAUAAGAACUAGAGUCAAUGGGAAAUAUCUAUUAUUAAUGAAAUGAAGCUUUUUUCUGUUUUUGAUGAAAUUUAUAAAAUGCAGCUUUAAAAAUAAUUUAUAAAACAUAAAUGUAUUUGAUUGUAAAACUAUAUUUAAUAGUAGGUUAAAAAGCAUCAUCAGAGUUUGAGCAGGAAUAUUAAUUGAUUUGUGUAAUGGUUCAUUUGCAUGAAUAUUCAACUUCUGUCAUAAAAUCCAUUGUCUAAAAUCAAAGGUAUAACAAGUAUCACUGGGAGAAAAUUGUUAAUCAUCUAUCAAGUCAAAGUUCAAUAAUGGCAAUGUUAAUGGCAUAAUAUGAAAUUCAAGUCUUUUAGAAACUUUAACAUUUUUUUUUGAGUCUUGGGGAUAUAACUUCAACAUUAGUGUAAAGAUUAUUUUGAUAUUGAUUUCAAAAUAAUUUCACUUAAAUGAAAAAAUCUGGCUAACAAGCCACAUGUAAUAAUUAUGAAGUUUAUUUCAGUCAGUGAAAGCUGUAAAAUGUAUAAAAUUAUGUAGGAUUUACUAAGCACAAUCAUUUUAUUGACUGUAAAAGGCCUUAUAAAUCUGUUUUGCUCAAAUUUCCGCUCACCUGAGCACAAAGUGUUCAGUGAUGAGCUUUUGUGAUUACUUGAUGUUUGUCGUGCAUCUUCCAUUGUCAGUGGUCUUCAAGCUUCUUUGGUUAUUCAAAAGUUCUUUAACUCGUAUUCUGUUGGAACCAAAAGUAAUUAGCCUUUGCCACUAGUAUAAAGCCAAGUUCUAUUCUGUUGGUAGCUCAGAUUUUAUGUUUUGAUAUUGAAAUUAUGUUUUAAGUAGUUUUGUGUGAUACAUGGUAUAACCCUUUAUCUGCUGACUUUGUGUGAUAGAUUUUCCCAACUUUGAAUUUUAAAUAGCUUAUGGAAAGUUAGAACUGGACAAAUAUAUUACACCACUUUUAGGUUAAGUGUAAAACAAUGUUUUGCACAAAACUAUUUGAAACUUCACAGGACUGGUAAUAAGCUGCGCAGCUUUGUCAGCUUUGUAUAAUGAUCUUUUGCAGAAGUAGGUCAAAUGAGCUCAAAGUAUGUUUUUAACUUGACUAUUCAAAGAAUAGGGAGAGUUAAUUAACUUACGUCUGUGACAUGCUUUGGUUAAGGUUUUGCAUGCAAGUUGAUAUCUCUAAAACUACUGAGGGGAAUAUGUUGAAACUACACACACUUGUUCUCUGUGAUUAUCCAACAUUAUAGGCACGUGUCCCAUAACUCUGAAAUACCUUUUUUUAUAGUUAUGCCCCUUUUGUUAAUGUCAAGCACUGAGAAAUGUUGGGCGUGCUGUCAUACAGACAGCUCUUGUUAAUGUAAUAACUUUAGAAAUUUGUUAGGAAAUGAUCCAACGUUUAGAGCUUAGAUAUUUGUUAAGUAUCAUGGAUCAACAAAGCUAUAGAAAUCAUACACUGUAGUGUCAAAAUUUGGUCUAGCCCUUGGGGUUCAAUAAAGUUAUAAAGAAUUUAUUUAGACAACUUAGUAUAUAUUUGUAACAUCAAAAUAUGUAAGCUCUUUGUGUUGUGUUUUGUGACAAAUAUUGAUUUUUAAACUUCUUUUCCACUUUUCCAAAUUUAUUUUUUAAAGGUGAGCGAUUAAGGCCUACUUGGGCUACUUGUUCAUUAUUUGAUGAGUUUUUCUGUGUUUAGCCAAAAAGUAUCAAUGUUUAAAGGGAAAAAGUCAUUGAAAAUUCAAGUAUAUAUUUAUAAAUAUUGAUGUGAUAAUUUUUCAAAAUUGAAGUAUUUUUUAUCACGGCAUGCAUUUGUGUUUCCCUUUCCCCAUUCCUUUAAUAUUUUUGUAAUUUGACAGAAUAAUUUAAUUUAUUAUUUUUUAUUAAGAAAAAUGAUUCAAAAAUUGGAAUUUUACCUUAUAGGCCACAAAAUGAAACAGCUCUGUAUAAACUGUAAAGAAAUUUAUAAAGAGAUGACCUUAUUUGAUGAUUAUAUUGUUGUUUCCUAAACCAUGGAUUAUCAUUAUAAAAUGUCUUGUCAUUCAACAUUGUAUUUCUUUUUAAUUGUUGCUUCACACAUUAACUGUAGGGAGACAAUCGUAUGUAUUUUAUAUUGUACAUGCUUUAUACUCUAUUCCCGGUUUAUGGCCAUGACUAGAAAAUAUUACAUUUUAUGUUUUACUUGUACAUCUAUUAGAUAUAUUGAUGUUGAUACAGUGAAAGCUUCAUAAAACUUUGUAGUGGUUUCAUUUUGUUUAGAUCUCAGCUUUAAUUUAAUAGUGUAUUCAGUAAUCACCUAUGAUUCUCUGUACUAAAGUGGCCAUAAUAACUGGCCAAUGUCACAAUCUUUGAGCCAGACCAGCCUUUGUGAAAUACAGUUCAUUACUUUAAAAGAUAUUUUUGAACUUAACAGAUAUUUUCGAAAUUAACAAUUAACCUAACCAAUUUUUAUUGUUUUUGUAAAAUAAUUUAAAAUCAAUUUCAUCAGUUUCUUAAUAUUAUAUAAUUAUGUUUAUUGUUUAAUCCUUAUAUCUGAUCAUGAAUUUAACUGGAGACAGGUCCUAUUCAAAUUAAAUCUUUAAUCAUUAAAUGAAAUCUGAAAGGGGAAAAAGAUAAAAUAUCUUUAACAGAAAAUAUAGAUUUUUGGGAAAGAUAAUUUGAAUAUGUAUAUUUUAUAUGUUUUUGUGAUUGUAAGUUGUAUAAGGUAAUGUUUUAAUGUAAUAUUUUCUAGGUUAUUGGCCAGUAUUUGAUGACAGAACUACAUACUUGUUAUAUUUUAUAAAUAUAUAUAUAAUGUAUAUUGUGUACUAUAAGAUGGUUUAUAUUUGUUUGUUGUUAAGAAAAAAAAGUUAAAUAUUGAUCUUGUAUUAUAAUGUACCCGGUUCAUUAGUUGAUUAUUAGAGUUUAUACAUGAUUUUAUGAAGAUUUUUAUCACUUAAGACCAAAACGUAAUUUUUUUAGUGGUGUGUAUGUGGGGGGGGGGGGGACACUCUUUGAUUUGUGUUUCUCUGGGAAGUUUCUAAAGUUUUAUCUUUUAGACCCUGUAACUGGUUUAAAAUGAUCAUAUUUUCCGUUAUUUUGUUUAGUAAAACAAGGAAAUAGAUUUUUUCUGUAAGUUCUUUAUAUUUAGGUUUAUUAAGGAAAUUGAGCUGUUCUCAUCUGAUUGAGGUAUAUUGGUAACUUACAUUGAUGAAGAAUAUGCAAUGCUUCACUAGAGAUAACCUCCAAAAUACUUUAUGAGUAUGAUUUUACUCUAGAAUUCAACAGCAAGAAAGUGCUAUUGCGUUUAAUAUGUAUUUUUAUUAUGAAAAUUCAAUAUUUUAUAAUGCUGUCACUUUUUUUUGUUUGUUUUUUUCGUUAUUUCUUUUAGAAAAUUUAUGGUCAUGAAUUAACAUGAUUUAUUCUUUAUCAUGCUGUCACUUUGGUUUCUUAUUAAAUUCUUUUAAAAAAACAUAUUUAUUAUACAGAGAUCAGUUUACUCUGCAACAUAUUUUAAUUAUUGAAUACUUUAAUUGUUAAUCAUGAUUUUUUUUUUUAAUUAAAAGAUUUUGUAUGAUAUGAGGAUUUUAAACAUUCAACAUUCUUUCCCCCCAUUAGAUGUUACUGUUCUGGUUUUAGAAUUUAAACGCUGUGCAUAAUGUAUGUAAAUAUGAAGUCAUAAUGUUAAGUUUGUUAUAUAUAUUCUUAUAAAAAAAACUGCCAGUUUAUUUAAUCCACGUAAGAAGUUCACCACACAUUCACAACCCAUUUCUUUGGUUUGUAGAGUUUCUUUCUUAAAACUGUUAAAUAGCACUAUUGCACUCUCAUAUGCUAAGUUUGUCGUUUAAAAAAAUCCUGUGUGAAAAUUUUCAACAUGUAUUGCAAACAUAAUUUAAGCAUAGUCUGUUUUUGUAGUUUUCACCUAGGCAUACAUCAUAAUAACCUUAUAACAGUUUACUUAGAGCCAGCCAUAUAUAUUUUAAAUCUAGUUUAAUGAAAAUAUUUAAUAAAAAUAGUUUAGAUGUCCUAGAAAAAAAUGUACUUAUGUAAUAUUAUGAUAAUCAUUGAAUGAAAUCCAUUUGUUUCAGUCAUUUUAACAUUAAUUAUGCUCCCCGAAAAAUUUCGGGGGAGCAUAUAGUCGCCGCCUUGUCCGUCCGUCCGUCCCCUUUUCUUGUCCGGGACAUAACUUUGAAACAACAAGAGGUAUCAACAUGAAACUUUGUAGGUAGAUAGAUCUCAUUGAUGAGGUGUGCAGUGCACAAGAACCGUAACUCUGCCUUGUCUAAUUUUUGAAUUAUUCCCCUUUGUUUAUUUUUACACUUUGAACUUUGUCCGGGACAUAACUCUUAAAGUAUAAGAGGUAUCAACAUGAAACUGUAUAGGUAGAUAGUUCUCAUUGAGUAGGUGUGCAGUGCACAAGAACCGUAACUCUGCCUUGCCUAAUUUUUGAAUUAUCCCCCUUUGUUUAUUUUACACUUUGAACUUUGUCCGGGACAUAACUCUAAAAGUAUAAGAGGUAUCAACAUGAAACUUUGUAGGUAGAUAGAUCUCAUUGAGUAGGUGUGCAGUGCACAAGAACCAUAACUCUGCCUUGUCUAAUUUUUGAAUUAUCCCCCUUUGUUUAUUUUACACUUUGAACUUUGUCCAGGACAUAACUCUAAAAGUAUAAGAGGUAUCAACAUGAAACUUUGUAGGUAGAUAGAUCUCAUUGAGUAGGUGUGCAGUGCACAAGAACCGUAACUCUGUCUUGCCUUAUUUUUGAAUUAUCCCCCUUUGUUUAUUUUACAUUUUGAAAUAUGUCCGGGACAUAACUCUAAAAGUAUAAGAGGUAUCAACAUGAAACUUUGUAGGUAGGUAGAUCUCAUUGAGUAGGUGUACAGUGCACAAGAACCGUAACUCUGCCUUGCCUAAUUUUUGAAUUAUCCCCCUUUGUUUUAUUUUUACACUUUGAACUUUGUCCGGGACAUAACUCUAAAUGUAUAAGAGAUAUCAACAUGAAACGUUGCAGGUAGAUAGAUCUCAUUGAGUAAGUUUGCAGUGCACAAGAACUGUAACACUGUCUUGCCUACUUUUGGAGUUAUUGCCCUUUGUUCAUUUUGACACUUUGAACUUUAUCCGGGACAUUACUCUAAAAUUAUAAUCUCAUGGAAUAGAAGUGCAGUGCAAAAAAACAUAACUCUGCUUUGCCUAAUUUUGGAGUAUUUGCCUUUUUUUCAUUUGUGUCCAGAACCUUCUCGGGGAGCAUCACCCGGUUCAACCGGUUCUUGUUUUUAAUCAAUAUUGUUUGCAAAAUUGAUUGAAUAACUUUGUUCGCUCAAACCAUAUAGCUCGAAUAACUCCAUUCGCUCGAAUUCACUGUCCAUGUCAGGUACCUGCAAAACCUGUAUGUAAUAUAAAUUGUGCAUCUUCAUAUUGUUCAAACACAGAUUGCUCGACCCCUACAAACCUAGUCGCAGUCCCCUCGAAGAGUGUGCACCGGCACUACGGGUUUUAGUAAAGUUUGUUGGUGUCAUCUUUAGGACAUAGUAACAUGAAACUGUUAAGAUCUAGGCUGUUGGUUUUAACUGGUAACAAAUAAAUUUAUGGCCAUUGACCAUGGCAAAUGAAAGGACUAGAAAAUGAUGAUUGCCAUGCCAUAAUUUCAAAGACGUGUUUAUUUCUUAUAAAAAAAUAUAAAUAAACAGCUUGGCAUUGAAAGACUUUGUAUUUUGGAUAAGUUGCAUUAUUUUAUCUAAAUGUACUGAAAAUUUCAAGACUUUUUUUCUGAAAGAACUAAAUCUUAGCCAUUUAAAAUGUUGGUUUUAUACAUAUGCCGAUGAUAUGGACAUGUUUUCUUGAUAUGAUGUGCAUGCUAGUAAUAUGAUAAUGUGCUGGUAAAGAAUGCUGCAUAUACAAAGUGUACCGCAUACCUUCUAAUAUAGGACCCCCGACCCCAUAUUUAUCUAUCUAACAUAUGGUUUAUGUUCUGUACUUAACAACAUAGGUUUACCCUGUUUCAAAUAAGAAAACUUUGAUCUCAAAGUUGGUGUUAUCCAUAAUCCUCGGGUAGGUGGGGAGGGGUGGAGGGGAGGUGUAUCAGGAGAAAUACGGUAACCUAGCCUAAAACAGUUUGCAUAUUAUGUUGUUACGCUGUUAAUAUAAGCUUUGCUGUAUUGCUGUCUAAUUUUGAAUAUUUUUUUAAGUAAAUGGAUAAAUACAUGUAUAGACCUAAUUGUACAAAAUCAUAGUAACUAGAAUUGUCCGAUUUUAUUUUUUCAUCAUUCAGUUAGGCCUGCAUUUGACACAAAAUAUAUAUGUAAUUUAGUUGUUCUACUUAAUCACAAAUCUGUACCAGUAAACAUGAUGAAGAAAAUAUUCAACUCUUCACAUAUUUGUUGCCAGGAGUGAUUUCCCUUAUUUUAUUUUUAUGCUAAAAAAAAGUUAUUUUAGAUGAUUUGGAUAUGGAACUUCAAAAUAUUUCUUUGUUACUAGGAGUUUUUUUUUUCUUUUUGUUUUAAUUUUGCUCCAAACAUGUAAAAAUUUUUACUAUAUAUUUUUCUGGAGCAUUCUUGGGACUCGUGUUAUCUUUGGACCAUUUUAGCCUAUUGAAGGCAUUUGUUUAGAAAUAUUUAUAAGAAUGAGUAAAUAAUAAUGUCAAGAUAUAAUCUUUUAGUCAUUAAUUUUUCUUAUGUAUUAUAUAUUGAAAGUUAUGUAAUUAAUACUAUUAUAAACAAGUGCUCUGCCUUAAUUUAAGCUUCUGUUGAUAUAUGAAUUGUUAUAAAUGAAAUUCCAUGAAUGAAUAAAUGUAAAAAAAAAA